AAGGACCUGGGUCCGAGCCCCACUCUACACUUGCAGAGGGGAAGCUUCAUGAGCGGCACAGUUCUCUGUUAACCUGCUGUGCUGCUGCCCUCUUUCAGUUUCAAUUCCUUCCUUCCUUCCUUUUUUUUUUUUUUUUUUGAUAGGACAGAGAGAAAUUGAGAGGGAAGGGGAAUAGAGAGGGAGAAAGAGCAAAAACCGCCUACAGCACUGCUUCACCACUCACGGAGCUUGCUCAGCCAGGCGCACCACCAACCAGCACCCCCAGUGCGUUUUUCAUUCAUACCAGACUGCUGGAGCUUCUCCUGGUGCCAUGAUCCCCCCCCGUGGGGUGCCAGGGAGCAAGUCUGGACCCCACGCAUGGCAAGGCACGCGCCUGGCCCAGCCAGCUCUCUCUGCAGCCCGAUCCCGCCAUUCCUGGUGACUCCAAGGUUCUCUCAGCAGUCAGUGGUCCCGUGAGCAGGACAUGGAAUCCCUGGAAGAGAUAUCCAAGGACUCCGCACACGGGCCGCCCUCAAAGCCCCCGGCCUCAAGUCUUACAGUUAAGGAGAUUGUGGCUGCCAGGCACCUCAGACACUGCCCCCAGACCAAGAGGACUGUGGACAUCCUGACCCACACGGUCUUCACCGUGGGCAUGGGCUGCAUAUGGCGCUUCCCCUACCUGUGUCACCGCAACGGAGGAGGCAACUACAUCCUGAUGUAUUUCUUCAUGUUGCUGCUGCUGGGCGUACCCCUGCUCUACAUGGAGAUGGUGCUCGGCCACUGGCUGAGGGUGGACCACCUGCACAUCUGGAAACAGCUGGUGCCCUGGAUGGGCGGCAUCGGCUAUGCCAGCAUGAUGGUGUGCUUCCUGGUGACCUUGUACAACAGCAUUGUGGUCACCUGGACCUUCUCCUACCUGAUCAGCUCUUUCUCGAGCCCUGUGCCCUGGGGCUACUGCCCGCUGGAGACCGUCAACGCCUCUGGUAUCUCUUGCCUUCAGGCUGGGCCCCACCAGUAUUUCUGGUACCACACCACCCUGCAGGCCUCCGGCCAGAUUGAAGAAGGGGGCCACUUCCUGGUGCUGAACCUCACGGCGGGCAUCUUCACCAUCUGGCUCCUCCUCUUCCUGUUCAUGGUCUUCGGGUUGCGUGUGUCCUUGCCCGUGCUGGCUGGCUUCCUGGUGUUACCCUACUUCUUCCUCCUCUGCUUCCUGGUCCGCAGCUUCCUGCUGGAUGGCGUGGCCCCCAGCCUGCAGAGGAUGCUGAAAGUGGAGGUGAGGUGGGCUCCCCAGGCCUCCCAGAAGCCCGUCUGCCCCCCCCCUGCUGUCCACCCAGCUCCUCUCCCGCGCCCCUCCGCACAGCUCUCAGCCUGGACCUCCCUGGACCUGUGGCGGCAGGCGGCCAGCCACACCCUCUACUCCCUGGGCCUGGGCCUGGGCCUGGUCAACCUGCCCUCCUACAAGGUCCUCGGUGGCAACUACCUCCAGGUCGCCCUGCUGGUGGCCGUGACCAACCUGGCCACCUCUCUGCUGGCCACAUGUAUCGUCUUCACUAUUCAAGGCUUCUGGGUCAACAACAGCGGCCACAUCUGCGUGGAGAAGGGCAUCUCCAAGCUGCUGCGGCUGAUUGAAAAGGGGGUGCUGUCCCCGGCCGCCAAGCCCCCCAGCAACAUGGAGCUCCAGCCUGUAUCCAACUACCUGGACUGGAUCCAGAGCCUCCCUGAAUUCCUCUCGUCCCAGGUGGUCCACAGCUCCCCCUCCUGCAGCAUCAGGGCGCAGGACAAGGUCAUGGAGGGGCCCGGCCUGGCGCUUGUAGCCUACUCCCAAGUCAUCUCCUUCUUCCCCGGUUCCUUUUUCUGGGCCAUCAUCUUCUUCCUGUUCCUGCUGGCCCUGGGGCUGAACACCCUGCUGAGGAUGGUGGAGGGCAUCACCUCACCCCUGCAGAGCACCGUGCCCAUGUUCCAGCAGUACCCCAAGCUGCCCUUAGUGGUCGUCUGUCUGGCCGGCUUCCUGGGCAGCCUGGUGUUCACCAGCCGCAGUGGGAGCUACAUCAUGUCCAUGUUUGACGACCACCUGGUACCGCUGAUGCUGGCGGCCAUCAUGACCAUCCAGACCGUGACUCUGGCCUGGAUCCAUGGCGCCUGGAGGUUCAGGGACCAGCUGUUCAUCUGGCAGGGCCACCUGCUCUGGUCCUUCCUCACGGUGCUGUGGUGCGGCAUCAGCACCCCUGGAACGCUGGCGCUGCUCGUCCUCUGCCUGCUGCAGCUCUGCCGGUGGCCGCCGGGCUCCUACACGGCCUGGAACAGCACCGCGGGCCAGGAAGUGCAGCAGCCUCACCAGAGGAGCAGCCUGACCUGGACCAUCCUCCUCAGCGUCCUCGCCUUGCUGCCCAUCCUGGCCCACCCGCUCUCCCACUGUGACUUCUUCUCCUGGGUCCUGUCUCCCAAGAGCCACCUGGGGAGCCAUCUGACCAGACAGAACCGCCCAGCCCCCAAGCCCGUCAACUGGCCCAAGCGGAAGCUGGUGAGCCCCAGGUUGGGCAACCCGAGCGAGGUCCCCAAGUUCAGCCUGCCCUACAGCCGCACCAUGGACCUCACCUCCCCCUGGAACGUCAGCAUGCCCUCCAGCAAGACCACCAACACUUACUCCUGGGUCAGCCUGCCCCCCACCUUCAACAGGUUCCAGAUAUUCAAGAGGAACACCAGCGUCUCCCCCUGGUCGGAGUCCUCCAGCAGGAUGGGGCCACUGACCUAGUCUGCAGUGGGGUGGAGUCCGGACGGAGAGGGGCAGUGGCCCCACGGUGGGCAGGGAGGACCCGGCCGGCCUUCUGGGGCUCUGCGAGGUGGGGACCUGGCUGCCCCCAUGGUCCCGGCCCCCCACAGGAGCCGGCUGUGUGGGUGGGACGGCAAGACGGCCUGCCAUCACCACAAGGGGUUCCACCGACCCCCAACCCUGCUCUGUGUGGACCUGCCUCGGACAUGAAGCCAGAACUGAAGCGUCAGCUGUGUGAGCGGCUGGUGGACGCUCACCUGCAGGCUUUACUUCUGAUCAUUUUCAGGUGGCGUCAAUUCCUUCCCAGACGCCUGGAGUGGCCGUGCUGGGAACCAGGACAAUAAAAAUCAUUUCUGUUUUCUGUC